UCAACUUACCCUAGUUUUAUUCUGAGAAUUCAGAAAUUUCUCAAAAAUGCUUGUCACAGAGAUUAAGUAUGGUAUAAUCGAAUUCUUAAUAAAAUAUGCAAAGAAGCUCUUCCAAAUCAAACAAAAAAUUAUGAGCAUAUAUGGAGCAGAAGCCUUUGAAGCCAAGUCUCAAUGCAUCAGAGCCAGGAUCGGGGAAUACUUAAUUCCUAAUUUUAAGGGCAUGGACACUUCACAAUGAACAGAGUUUGACGAUAUUAUUAUCAGCUUAUUUGAGAUUACAGAUGAACACAUCUCCUACUAUAAGACUAUAACUAUCAAAGUUCUUGCUAACAUAAUGAUUUUAUCUCUAAUCAUAUUCCUCAUGACUAAAGUUAUAUCUGAAUGGAAGAUCUACAAAAACAACAGAUUCACUCCCCAAGACCCAUUACCACUAAUCACCUCCGAAUCAUCUAAAAAUUCAUCCAUCCAGAGUAACCAAAGCCACAGCUCAAUCUCCCAGUCCCAAGAUCUCAGCUCUCUAUCAAAGCGACUUUACUGCCCCGAUCCAUACGAAAGAGUCACCCAAUUCUAACCACCCAUCCACUUCUUCAUCCAAAUACAGAGGAGGUC